CCAGCAGCUCUUCAGCAUUGUGGAGUAUUUCACGCGCGUAGAGCUUCCACAAUUAUUAUUUCAACUCGACUUCGCGAAAUUAAUCGGCGUCGUUUCGAAAUAUAAAACUCCUUUGAAAGGAAUUUGGAAGUGAGCCGUGCAGAGGAACACUGGUCGGUUCAGUUGGCGACCGCUGCUUUUCUGGUGGUAAGCUAAUUCACUCCUUGUCGAACCGCCACCUUUUGCAUUGUCGGAUUAGCGACCGGCGAUAACAUGUCGACGGCACAUCACUACAUUGUCACUGCUCAUAAGCCUACUGCCGUAACGUCAUGUGUGACAGGAAAUUUUACAUCACCGCUCGAUAUCAAUCUUAUUCUAGCAAAGAAUACAAGGCUUGAAUUAUAUCUUGUGACUCCUGAAGGGUUACGUCCUUUAAAAGAAAUUGCGAUUUAUGGAAAAAUCGCAAUUCUUAAACUUUUUCGGCAUGUGGGCGCAGAUAAGGAUUUGCUGUUUGUUGUGACGGCGAGAUACAAUGCCAUGAUACUUGAGUGCCGGGGAGAGGGGGAUAGUUUAGAAAUUGUCACUGUAGCGCAUGGAAAUGUUGGGGACAGAAUUGGGAAGCCUUCCGAGACUGGAAUAAUUGGAACAAUUGAUCCAGAAGCUCGUGUGAUUGGUUUAAAGUUAUAUGAAGGACUCUUCAAAAUCAUCCCGUUGGAAAAGGACAACUCGGAAUUACGAGCUUACAAUAUCCGACUGGAAGAACCACAAAUUCAAGAUAUUGAAUUCCUCUACGGGUGCCCAAACCCUACCAUUAUUCUCAUUUUUGAAGACGCAAGUGGCCGUCAUGUUAAGGCCAGGGAGAUAUCACUCAAGGACAAGGACUUUGUGAAAGUACCGUGGAAGCAGGAAAAUGUUGAGAGUCAUUCAUCAAUGGUUAUCCCAGUUCCUCAGCCAUUGGGAGGAGUUAUCGUCAUUGGCCAAGAGUCAAUUUUGUAUCACAAUGGGUCAACCUUUCUAGCUGUUGCUCCUGGAGCAAUGAAACAGAGUACAAUCAUGUGUUACGCAAGGGUGGAUCCAACUGGAUCUCGGUAUCUCCUGGGGGAUUUAAUUGGCCACCUCUUUAUGUUAUUUUUGGAGCGAGAGGAAAGACCUGAUGGAAUUACAAUUGUUAAAGACAUAAAAUUUGAAGUAUUGGGCGUAAUAAGCACACCAGAAUGCAUAACAUACUUGGAUAAUGGAGUGGUAUUCAUUGGAUCUCGUUUGGGCGACUCACAGUUGAUUCGACUAAACACUGAAGCUAACGACUCGGGAAGCUACGUAUCUUUGAUGGAAACUUUUACCAACCUUGCUCCGAUUAUGGAUAUGGUAGUUGUUGAUAUGGAUAAGCAAGGGCAGGGUCAACUCAUUACUUGCUCUGGGGCUUACAAGGAAGGUUCACUUCGGAUAAUCCGAAACGGAAUUGGAAUCCAAGAGCACGCCAGCCUUGACCUAUCAGGCAUUAAGGGUUUAUGGGCACUUAAAGUCGGCGGAGAGGCUAUAUAUGACAAUAUGCUGGUUGUCUCAGGCAUUGGUGAUACAAGAUUUUUGUACUUGUGUGGAGAAGAAGUUGAAGAAACAGAGCUGCCGGGAUUUAUUCAGGAUAGCCAAACUCUUUGGAGUUCGAAUGUUUGCCAUAGUCAAAUGGUGCAAGUUACAGUUAAGGCAGUUCGUCUUGUUGAUUCAUCAUCAAAGAUAUUACUUUGUGAAUGGAAAACUCCUUCUGGGAAGGGAAUUAGUGUCGUUGCUGGAAAUAAUUCACAAAUUGUGUGUGCUGCUGGAUCCGAACUGUACUAUUUGGAAAUUGAGAAGGGAUCCUUUAGUCUUCAAGCGGAGAAAAUCAUGGAAAACGAAGUAGCUUGUUUGGACAUUACACCUUUGGGAUCUGGAAAAGCACAUUUUGUUGCAGCUGGCUUAUGGACUGAUGUUUCUGCUUUGAUUCUAAGCGUACCUAGACUUGAUGUCAUUACCAAAGAACCUAUGAAAGGAGAGAUAAUUCCAAGAUCAAUUCUUUUGGCAUCAUUCGACGACAACUGCUAUUUGAUGUGUGCUCUUGGCGAUGGAUCGUUGUUUUAUUUUACUCUAAAUCCAGUCUCUGGGACUCUUUCCGAUACCAAAAAAGUGACACUGGGAACUCAGCCUACCGUAUUAAAGUUUUUCAAGAGUCAGUCUACUGCAAGCGUUUUUGCCUGUUCAGAUCGCCCAACAGUAAUUUAUUGGUCAAACCACAAACUCGUCUUCUCUAAUGUCAAUCUCCGAGAAGUAUCUCAUAUGUGCCCUUUAAAUGCAAUGGCAUUUCCGGACAGUUUGGCGUUGGCAACGGAUAAUUCACUCACAAUUGGAACAAUUGAUGAGAUUCAGAAAUUGCAUAUCCGAACUGUACCCUUGGGAGAAACUCCAAAACGUAUUUCCUAUCAAGAAACCUCUCAGACUUUUGGCGUCAUCACAAUGCGCGUUGACAUGAUGGACACAUCCGGUCUAACACCGACAAAACCAAGUGCUAGUACGCAGGCAGCGAGUGUUAGCUGCUCGUCAUCCGUUGGAACGCUCAUUAGGCCGUCUACCUCUGGUCCAUCUUCUGCAUCUCUACCAUCACAACCCUUGGAAUACGGACAAGACGUCGAAGUUCAUAAUUUACUGAUUGUUGAUCAGCACACUUUUGAAGUUUUACACUCGCACCAAUUUAUGCAGAACGAAUACGCCAUGUGUAUUGAGUCAUGCAAGUUGGGAGAGGAUCAAACUCCAUAUUACAUUGUUGGAACAGCUUUUGUUGUUCCAGACGAAACUGAGCCAAAAGCUGGACGAAUUGUAAUAUUUCAAUACGCCGAUGGAAAACUUCAACAAAUUGCAGAAAAAGAAGUUCGUGGCUCGUGCUAUUGUCUUGCUGGAUUUAACGGUAAAAUCCUUGCUGGCAUCAACAGCACCGUCAGACUAUUCGAAUGGACAUCCGAGAAAGAGUUACGUGUGGAAUGCUCGUACUUUAACUCCAUAUUGGCACUAUAUCUGAAAUGCAAGGGAGACUUUAUCCUUGUUGGGGAUUUGAUGCGUUCUAUGACUUUACUGCAAUAUAAGAGUAUGGAGGGUACCUUUGAGGAGAUUGCUCGCGAUUACAAUCCAAAUUGGAUGACAGCAAUAGAAAUUGUCGAUGAUGACACAUUUUUGGGAACAGACAAUGCAUUCAACAUGUUUGUUUGCACAAAAGAUGGUGGUGCCGCAACGGACGAAGAGAGGUGUCAAAUGCAAGAUGCUGGAAGAAUUUAUCUUGGUGAUAUGGUGAAUACAAUUAGACAUGGGUCACUGGUGCGGCAACAUUUAGGAGAUACCAGUGUACCAACAACUGGAAGCAUCUUAUUCGGCACAUUAAGUGGUUCAGUUGGAUUGAUAACACAAAUCCCGGGUACAUUUUUCGAAUUCCUUUUGGAACUGCAAGAAAGACUAACAAAAGUGAUUAAACCAGUUGGAAAAGUUGAUCACGCAUAUUGGAGGAGCUUCUACAAUGACAGAAAGCAAGAGCCGAGUGAGGGUUUUAUUGAUGGAGACCUUAUUGAAAGCUUCUUGGAUCUUCCCCGUGAUACAAUGAGAGAUGUUGUAAAUGGUUUACAGAUUGAUCCUCAAGGAACGGGUAUGAAGCAACAAGCCCUGGUUGAUGAUAUAAUUAAGAUUGUCGAAGAUUUGACUAGAAUUCAUUAGGAAAUACAUUUUUUUAUUCCAGAAUUUUUGUAUGAAGUAUCGUUAUGAAUUCGUUAUUCUAUAUUAUAUAGAAGCUAAAAAAGUUAAUAAUUCUUAUUUCCUAAAAAUAGUAGUUUACUUUCCAUCCAAAACUUCUAGAUGUAUCAUUAGCAAUUAUAUUUCCUUCAUAUUGAAAUAAACUGUCCAUCCUUAUUAUUUGA